AUGGCCACCAACUCGGGCACAUUCCCUCAGGACCUCCCCUCUCGCCCUGUGCCGACAACAUGGAAGAGUCGCUACUGCUGGAGUUUCAGUUGGCAUGCGUAUAGUCUGCAUACAUCUGACAUGAGAGUGCUGGCGCGUCGCAUUUCCAUGAUCACGACACUUGGCAUCCGGACUGCUCUAUCUAUCCUAAGCAUCGUUUUCGAUGCAUACAAUAACUUUAUCAGUGGCAUGGUUAUUGGUAUCAUUUUUUCCAUUCUUGGGUUCCUAUUCGUCUCAUGGUGUCUUGCGUGUAUCGGUGAGGCUGAAGGCACCAGGCGAGUGUGCGGAAUGAAUAUGGGCCGGUUACACUUUGAUAUUUUCCUCUUUGCCUCCUCUUUGAUACAUAUCGGUAGCAUCAUUGGCUUUUUUACUGGCAUGGGAGAUCUGGGCUACAUUAUCUUUUGGUAUGGGAUGUGGAUUCUAAUUACCGUCGUUGCUUGGAUUGCCACUCGGGCUCCUGAACAGCCCAGCAGCCAUGUUCAAGUUUAA